AUGAGAGCAAUUCAAUGUUGAUUGAUUUGUCUAUGGAUGAAUGUGUAAUGAGAGUGUUAUUCAGUUCUUUACCAAUCCCCAUGGAACCUUAACAAUGGAAUCACUUUUACUCUAAACCACAAAUACACAUAAACAAGAACAAGAAGAAGAACAACAACAAAGAACAAAACAAGAAUUUAUUAUCACGGAGAAGUCUGACUCUGCACAAACUAUCCCAUUUCUUGGAUUGUAUUACAAUAGUUUGAAAUCUUUCUCUUCUUUCUUGCUCUGAAAUUGAUUGAUGAGACACUACUCAGACAUCGUCGGACCAGAGCGGAAGAAUCGGGGAAUUCAGAUGGAGAACAAUCCUUCUUGUCCUCCUCCAAGAUUGAAUAUCAAUCUCAAAAAUCUUCCUCCAAUUAAUAACCCGCGCAAUGUAUCUGGGAGUCACUCCUCGAUUCCGGCUAAAUUUGAGAAAUCUAGGUAUAUUAGGCGCGUUCCUCAGUUUAUGCCGUCUGAUCACCGGCCGGAAAUAAGGUCGAAUGAUUACGCUGGCUUGCCGAUGAAACUAGCGUAUUCUGAUUCCGCUCGAGCUCUGAAUACGAAGACGUUUCCGGUGGCUCCGUCGGCGGAUUCUUUCGUUCGAAAGAAAGAUACUUGCAAGGAUUUAGCUUCGAGGUGUAGUUGUUGCAGACAUGACUCGACCAAAGAAGGUACUCCAGAAAAGAGAGCGGCAAAGUCCCUUCUAUUUGAGAUAUGCACUGCAAAUCACUGGCAGCCUCCUCUAUUUGAAUGCUGUGAAGAAGAAGGUCCAAGCCAUGCAAAAAAGUAUAGAUUCAAGGUUAGAAUUGAAAUGAAGGGAGAUUGUGAAGCAGUUGUGGAAUGCUAUGGAAACCUUCAAACAAGAAAGAAAGUGGCAGCAGAGCAUGCAGCAGAAGGAGCAUUAUGGUACUUAAACCAUUUGGGAUAUCGUUUUAAAAGAUAAUAAUUAGGAAUUGUAAAGAAACUUGAAUUGAGAAAUGGAUAAUGAGUAAAAUCAUCUUUCAGCCUAAACUCUUUUCAUUCAAUACAAAGCUUUUUCUCCA